AGCAUUACUUUUUGGUUUAAUCCUGCUAUAAUAUAUAUGCAAGUGGUUUGGUUGAGGAGUUCUUUGGCUCUUCGGGACCUUCAAGCAUUCAUUCAGCACACAGUUGUCUAUUGCAAAAUGGAUCCAAAACUCCAGAAAACCAAAAACUCAUCAUCAAACUCAGCCAACUCACCCGAUUCAACCCACUCAUUAUUCCCUUUCCCAGAUGAAGUCCUGGAAAGGGUCCUCUCGUUCCUGCACUCCCACAAGGACAGGAGUUCGGUUUCACUUGUCUGCAAGGACUGGUACGAUGCUGAGCGGUGGACAAGAACAAAACUUUUUAUAGGCAACUGCUAUUCAGUUUCUCCUGAGAUUGUGGCAAGAAGAUUUCCCAGAAUUAAGAGUGUUACGCUCAAAGGAAAGCCAAGAUUUUCUGAUUUCAAUUUGGUCCCUCAGCAUUGGGGGGCUGAUGUGCAUUCUUGGCUUGUAGUGUUUGCGAAAGUUUACCCGUUUUUGGAGGAGCUGAGGCUCAAGAGAAUGACUUUAAAUGAUGAGAGCUUGAAGUUCCUGGCAACCUCGUUUCCGGGAUUCAAGGCUUUAUCUUUGUUGAGUUGUGAGGGAUUUAGCACUGAUGGACUCAAAGCCAUUGCUACACACUGCAAGAACUUGACUGAACUUGACAUACAAGAAAAUGGAAUGGAUGACUUAGGUGGAGGUUGGCUAAGUUGUUUUUCUGAGAAUUGUUCUUCAUUGGAAGUACUGAACUUUGCCAGCCUUAACAGUGAGGUUAGUUUUGAUGCUCUCGAGAAACUUGUUCGUCGAUGCAAAUCGUUAAGGAUUCUGAAGGUCAAUAAGAGCAUUACCUUGGACCAACUGCAACAGCUUCUUGUGCUGGCUCCUCAGUUGAUUGAACUUGGUACUGGUUCUUUCCAGCAAGAACUUACACCUCUCCAGUAUGAAGGUCUCGGAAUUGCAUUCAGCAAUUGUAAAAAUCUUCAGACUCUCUCAGGUUUUUGGGAAGACACUUCUCUCCAUCUCCCUGUUCUUUAUUCAGCUUGUCCUAGUCUGACUUUCUUGAACUUGAGCUAUGCGACUCUCCGAAGUGGUGAAUUAGCGAAGAUAGUUGCUCAUAGCCCAAAUAUACGACGUCUUUGGGUCCUUGAUACGGUCGGAGACAAGGGCCUCGAGGCCGUGGGAUCCAGCUGUCCAUUCCUUGAAGAACUUCGGGUCUUCCCUGCUGAUCCUUUCGAGCAGGAUCUUCACCAUGGAGUAACUGAGGCUGGUUUUUUGGCAGUGUCUCGUGGAUGCCGCAAACUCCAUUAUGUCCUUUACUUUUGCCGGCAGAUGACUAAUGCAGCUGUUGCCACCAUAGUGCAAAACUGCCCCGAUUUCACUCACUUUCGCCUUUGCAUAAUGAAUCCAGGCGAGCGAGAUUACCUGACAAAUGAACCUAUGGACGAGGCUUUUGGUGCAGUGGUUAAGACAUGCACUAACCUCCGGAGGCUUGCACUUUCGGGCCUUUUAACCGACUUGACUUUUGAGUAUAUUGGCAAGUAUGCCAAAAACCUCGAGGCUCUUUCCGUGGCUUUUGCUGGCAGCAGUGAUCGGGGGAUGCAGUGUGUUCUCCAAGGUUGUCCGAAGCUAAGGAAGCUUGAAAUAAGAGAUUGUCCAUUUGGAAAUGCUGCAUUACUGUCCGGGAUAGAGAAGUAUGAAACAAUGCGAUCAUUGUGGAUGUCAGCCUGCAAUGUAACAAUGAGUGCGUGCAAGCUACUUGCAAAGGAGAUGCCGAGGUUGAAUGUUGAGGUAAUGAGAGAUGAAGGAAGUGAUGAAAGUCAGGCGGACAAAGUUUAUAUAUAUCGUACUGUAGCAGGGUCGAGAAGGGAUGCUCCACCUUUCGUUGUCACUCUUUGAUCACGUGGAAGGACUUCUUGCAUUUGCAGUGGAAAACCCCUUGAGCUGUUUUGUUCGGAUUCAGAUCGUGCAACUGAACGCCAUUAUCGCAUGGAAGAAAAAAAUGGUGCAGGUUAGCAUAGACUUCUCUUAGACUUUCGUCCCUGAAGAGCCAAGAUAUUACAAUAAAAUGCACGAGAAAUUUACUCCUUGCAUUGUUUGAAUCGCGAACGAGACGAGUGAAGUAUCCUGGAACUCGAAUUCCAAAUUUUAUGUAUAAUCUUUAAGUGUUUUGAGCGCACAAACUUCUUUAUGAACCGUGAAAAAUCAGUGGAUUUGAUAUGAGAAGACAUUGUGAAUCUUUCCACUGGAUUGUUUAACGUGUAAAUUGCUAUAAUUUUCCCUCCCUGUUGUAUUCUAAUUAGACUGAACCAGUGGAUUCUGUCAGAGGCGUUUUCAAGAUUCAUUGUUCAAAGUA